CUUGUACAAUUCAAUAAUAUGUGCAUUAAUGUGUAUAAAAUUGUGUGCCAUCUACUCAACGCACAGAUUAUCGAAUUCUACAAGUUAUACACAUUAGUUACAUCAAAAAUAUUACAAAAACACUAUACCAACAUACACUAAUGUACACAAUUCAUACAUUAUUCUUCAUGCGUCAUUUCGUUCGUUCGCGCCAAACCAACCAAACCCCUCGACCAGUCUGCACGAGCGUCCUUCAUCAUUCUUGGCAUAUUCUUGUUAACGGCAGGUGUUAAUUAAGUAUUGUUAAGGUACAAAAGUUGAUAAACAUCAAAGAUUUAUCUUCUUUUUUAAGUUGGAACCGUAAGCGUUCUAAGAGAUUUUUAACGAAAGGGGACUCAUUAUUUACCCAUGUUCUUUGGCGUAAGAACGCCACAAGUUACACAAUGGAUUUGAUGAACAACGUAGAUCGAUGGGGUAACACACAAGCAGCGCUCAAGGACUUCAUGAUUAAUUUCAGCUGCGACAAGUGCAACUACACAGCACGUGACCCAAUUCGUUACCAGAAAUGUGACCACCUAUUUUGCACAACAUGUAUUGGGUCUAAAUCCCAAUGCCCAGUAUGUAAUACUCCAGCCGAAAGAAAUGAAGUUUACCCUGACAAAAUAACACAAAAGUUGAUUGGUUAUGGCAACACGAUUUCUCAAAUAGUUCAUAAGUCCUAUCCAUCAAUGAAAAACGAUGACACAGCUCUGAGUAGUAAUUUGUCAGUAAAAGAACAUAAUGUUUCAACCAAGUCACAGAGUAUUCCCAAAAAUAUAAAUAAACCAAAUAUGAACGGGGAAACACCACUGCACAAAGCAUGUUUAAAGAGAAACAUUGAAAAGGUUCGUUCUCUACUAGAGGCAGGAGCAAACCCCAAUACACAAGAUCAUGCUAAGUGGACUCCUUUGUUCGAGGCAACUAGUUAUGGAUAUUACGAAAUCUGUAAGCUUCUUCUUGAGGCAGGGGCAAAUCCAGAUACACCAGUUGAACAGAAUCGAACAGCUUUACAUGAGGCAGUUAAAUACAACAAUAUUGAAAUGAUAAAACUUCUGCAGCAAUACAAAGCUGAUGUCAAUGCAUGUGACAGUUCUGGUAAAACACCGCUUGAUUAUGCAUCUGAAGAGGUCCACAAAAUUUUAACAUCUUAUAAACCUGCGGACAACAGUCUGGAAAAAAGUUUGUCAAAUAUUUCAAACAUAACAGCAUUGUACAACAACAGUUUGACUAGCAAUGGAACUCAUGUACUUGGAUUAAACUUGAGUAGCGAGAGCCAGCUCCUGCUUUCUGAACUAGCUAGUAAAUACAAAAUUAAAACAGUCAAAACGUUUACAGCUGCUGUAACUCACGUUGUUGUGGAAGCUAAUAUUCAGUGUGAUACCCCUGUGAAUUAUGUAGUUUUACUUGCUAUUCUUCAUGGUGACUGGAUCCUCGCCAGUGAAUUGCUCAGGCAUUGCGCAAAUUUUACAGACCUUAGCACAAUAGAACUGGAAUUUUUUGAAGUACAGGGUACAACAAAUGCUCGAGGUAGUGGCGCUCCUACUCGAGCCAGAGAGAAUAUGCAGAAAAAGAACCCAGGGCUUUUCAAUGGCUGCAAUUUUUUCUUUGCAAUAAACAACCAGUCUACAUAUACAUUUGGUGAUCUACAGUUUACUAAGUUGACACUUUCAAAAUUAAUUACUGAGGGGGGAGGAAAAGUAUUAAAUAGGAAACCUGAUCCUGAAUCAAUACGAACGUACGAGGAAAUUCCGUUCCAUGUAGGACGGAAUGUUUCUCAUCCCUUACACAGGUGUUCUCAUUAUAUAAUAUAUGUGCCUGGCAUGGAUGAGCCACAGAUAAAAUAUAAUAUGUCACACAUAAGAUCUCUACCUUUGAUUUGGCUCAUUGAAUCUAUCGAACAAUUCAAAUUACUAGAUCCUGCCGAAAUAGGCAUAAUUCCCUCUGCUGAUAAGGAGUGAUAAUUGCUUGAGACUGAGUCUCAUUUUCAAUUUUACCGGCCCGAUCAUAACCAUCGUAAAUACAACGAUUAUUUGGUUUGCUAUCAGCUAAUUAUACAUAUGCCAUUUUAACCAAUCGACCAUAUUAUUACUUCAUGAAUUUUAAAUUUACCAGCAUUGGAAAUACACUCAGCACCAAUGUUACUGAGUUUUUACCUUAAUUUUUAUAUUGUCUCAUAAAUGUUUAAUAGAAUCUCGAUUAUUCGAAUCAUUUUGGACUGGGUCGACUUCGUCUUACGUAAUCUAUGGUUCAGAUAUUAAAGGUUUCACUGUAUUGUGUUAAAUCUUGUGUUGUUAUUUUAUAAAAGUAACUGUUAUGUAUUAUAUAUUUUUUAUUGAUUUAUCACAUUUAGAAUGUUUGAAACCAAAUAGCAUUAAAUUCCGAUUAUUUCAAUAUUCUCACCGAUAAAAAUAUGCAAUAGGAGAAAAUUGCAAAUAUAUUAUAUUGUGGUAUUUAUGAUACCAAAUUUUCACAUAUUUGCAUGCAACUCUUUUUCUUUCUUACAAAUUGGUAAAGUUGAAAAGAUUUAGAUUUUAGAUUUUACGUUUAACAUGUAUCAUUUUUUCUCAUUUAUUACAUUUCGAUUUUACCGAGCUUAAUGUGAUACGUAAUUCUUACGACCUAAGUUCAUCUUGUUAAGUGGUAUCGUACCAAUAAGACACAUGGAAUGAAUAGAGCUUGAAGUUUAUAUUGAUACAGAAUUAGAGAAGAUGUUAUAGAUAUAAAAAUUGAUUUUUCACUUAUGUGGUAUAUUUGUAAAUUUAAUUUCUGACGAGGGCCCCCCCCCCCUCGAAGGGCCAGAACUUCAAAUAAAGUGACAAUUUCUGAUCUACGA